UUUAUCUUCGCUCGACGCUUAAAAAAUAUCAUAGACAAAUACAUCAGCAAUGAACAAACAGCGUAUAUUCAAGGUAGAUUUAUAGGUAUAAAUGCAAGAUUGAUUUUAGACAUUUUUGAAUAUUGCGAAAAUAACAAUCAGGAAGGGAUACUCUUAUUUCUAGAUUUUGAAAAAGCCUUUGAUUCGGUUGAAUGGAAUUUUCUGUUUAAAACCCUAGAAAAAUUCAAUUUUGGGAAAUGCUUCAUAAACUGGAUAAAAAUAUUGUAUAAAAACCCACUCUUUCGAUUAAAAAAUAAUGGUUGGAUGUCAAAAACAUGCCAGAUGAAAAGAGGAAUCAGGCAAGGGUGUCCAAUAUCCGCGAUUCUAUAUCUUUUUGUAGCGGAAAUCCUAUCGGCAAAAAUUAAGAAUAAUGUAAAUAUUCAGGGGUUUAAACACAGAAAUUCAGAUAAAGAAAUUAAAAAUAUACAACAUGCAGAUGACAUGACGCUAACACUUAAAAAUAUUGAAUCUUUGGCACAUGCAAUUGAUACAAUCGAGGUCUUCGGUAAACAUGCUGGGUCAAAAAUUAAUUUAAACAAAACGGAAUGUAUACUUUUGGGUACUUUAAAAGAUCAAUACGAAACCAUAAGCGGAAUUAAUGUCUCAAAGCACGUAAAAUGCCUAGACAUAUACCUAGGCCACGACAAAACAGAAUGUUAUACACAAAAUUGAAUGAAAGUCUAUCAUGACAUAGAAAAACUAUUUGAAUCUUGGAAGAAAAGAAAAUUAACACUUUUUGGUAAAUGCUCUAUAAUAAAUACUCUAGCAGUCCCGAAAUUAAUAUAUUUAUCCACAAUACUAGAAUUACCGGAAGAAAACUAUAUAAAAAAUAUAAAUAGAUUAAUUUUUAAAUUUCUAUGGAACAACCAUGAUAGAAUAAAGAGAAAUACUGUGAUAGGGGAUAUAAAAGACGGAGGAAUAGGUUUAAUAGAUAUUGAAUCAAAAUUAAAAGCUUUAAAAGCUGCAUGGGUACCAAGAUUAUUAGAAACUAAACAUGCUAUAAACGACUUUGUAAACAGCUUUUUCAAAGAACUAAACAUAGACAUUCGCUUUAUCUCUAUCACAUCAGAAAUAUCAAUUAAGAAAUUCGAUAUUGUUCAAAAAAUGCCCCAAUUCUACAAAGAAAUUUUUUCGUGUUUUAAUAUUUGCAAAACGAGACCUGAAUUUAAAACUACAGAAUCAUUUUUGAAGCAACCUAUUUGGUCUAAUAGCUCUUUUACUUACAAGGGCAAAACUGUUUGUUUUAAAAAUUGGAUAAAAAGUGGAAUUUUAUUUACAAAACACCUUUUCAAUACAAAUGGAGAACUAAAAUCCUUAGAUGAUUUUGCAACUGUUAUACAUAACAAAAGUAAUUGGCUUUGUGAAUAUACCAUACUACAAAAAGUAUUUAGGAAAUAUGAAAAAAACUUUGAUUUUUCAAAGAAAAAUUACAUUCAUCUAGAGAUUGAUAAAUUGAUUCCAGAAAAACAGAACACCAAUUUUUUUUAUUCCAUACUAAAAAAUAAGAAAUUUCAAAUCUCAUGUUCACAGCAAAAAUUAAGUAACGAGUUCCAAAUUAGCUCGAAGUCAGAUUGGGAACGUAUCUAUUUCAAUAAAAUAAAAUCAAUGGAAGAUAAAAAAAUAGCAGAAUUUAAUUAUAAACUUCUUAAUAACAUUUUAUGUAAUAACUUGUAUUUAAGCAAAUGGAAUAGUCAAGUAAAUAAAAAAUGUAAAGUGUGUCAAAAUGACACAGAGAAUAUAAGACAUCUAAUUUUUGAUUGUAAAAAUGUUCAGAAAAUAUGGAAUGCAAUCAGUGAUUUUGUAACUUUUCAAGUUCAGUGGAAACAUGUGAUUAUAGGUUUUUACUCAUCACAAAACAACACAAUCAAAGUGUACAACCUACUUUUCUCUUUUAUUUCAUAUAAAAUAUAUAAACAUAAAAUGUACUGUCGACUUGAGAACACUGAAGAAACAGAACAAUCUUUGUUUUAUGCGGUAAAAGAUUCUGUUUUGAUCUACUCAAAUGUUUUAAAAUAUAUGCGUAAGACCUGUGAUGGAAUCUUCUUUAAAAAAUUAUAUUUAAAGCUAUAAUUGUACAAAACUCACUACAUGGUAGAUCAGCCACCAUGUAGGUAAUUCAGUCCGGGGGUAGCUUUAUAGAGACUCUGGAGAUGUGUUGGGAUGCUACCUCCGGUUGAAAGAGAGUGGCUCAUGUAUUAAUACAUUAUAUUUUGCUACUUUGCACUUGCUUUGUUAUACCUUACUAUACUGCAUAUUUAUAUUUUGAACUAUAUAACAUAAUUAUAUAUCAGAAUAUUUAUAUAACUACGCAUACGUAUGCUUAAAAAGGCAUUAUAUGCAUAUAUUUAUAGACACGUACAGUGUAUAUUCUUAUUUCUCAGUUUUAUCUACUUUUGACUCAGAUACCAAUAUAAGAAUGUAAACUUUAUCAAUUUAUGAUUACAUAUAAAAAAUGUUUUGUAUAUAACAAAAUUCCGUUCCAGGGGGCCCCUGGCACCCCAGGUGAGGAAUAGUUAGAGGGCCUCUGUGGAGGUUUUGCCUCAAAAUCUCUUUUGCAUGUUAUGAAAUAAAUAUAUACAUAAAAAAAAAAAAAAACA